UUUCCUGCAUGAAAAUUAUUUAAACAUUGCACACAAAUCUUUUGUGAAAGAAGAAAAGGAAAUUCAGUUUGUGGGUCUCAGCAGGAGUUAAGCUAAUGCAGCUUAAAAUAAUGCCGAAAAAGAAGCGCUUAUCUGCAGGCAGAGUGCCCCUGAUUCUCUUCCUGUGCCAGAUGGUUAGUGCACUGGAAGUACCUCUUGAUCUGGUACAACCUCCAACCAUUACUCAACAGUCUCCAAAAGAUUACAUUAUUGACCCUCGGGAGAAUAUUGUAAUCCAGUGUGAGGCCAAAGGGAAACCUCCUCCAAGCUUCUCCUGGACCCAAAAUGGGACUCAUUUUGACAUAGAUAAAGACCCGCUUGUCACCAUGAAGCCUGACUCAGGAACCCUCAUCAUUAACAUCAUGAGUGAAGGGAAAGCAGAGACCUAUGAAGGAGACUAUCAGUGUACAGCCAGGAAUGAACGGGGAGCUGCCAUUUCUAAUAACAUUGUCAUCCGUCCAUCCAGGUCACCAUUGUGGACCAAAGAAAAACUUGAACCAAUAAUACUUCAAAAUGGCCAGCCCUUGGUACUUCCCUGCAGACCCCCAGUGGGAUUACCACCACCUAUAAUAUUCUGGAUGGAUAACUCCUUUCAAAGACUCCCACAAAGUGAGAGGGUUUCCCAGGGUCUGAAUGGAGACCUUUAUUUUUCUAACGUUCUCCCAGAGGACACCCGUGAAGACUAUAUCUGUUAUGCCAGAUUUAAUCACACUCAAACCAUACAGCAGAAGCAACCAAUUUCUGUGAAGGUGAUUUCAGUGGAUGAAUUGAAUGACACUAUAGCAGCUAAUUUGAGUGACACUGAGUUUUAUGGUGCUAAAUCAAAUAGAGAGAGGCCACCAACAUUUUUAACUCCAGAAGGUAACACAAGUAACAAAGAGGAAUUAAGAGGAAAUGUCCUUUCCCUAGAGUGCAUUGCAGAAGGACUGCCUACCCCCGUUAUAUACUGGAUAAAAGAAGAUGGAACACUUCCCAUCAACCGAACAUUUUAUAGGAAUUUUCAGAAAACUCUGCAGAUCACUCAGGUUUCAGAAGCAGACUCUGGAAAUUACCAAUGUAUUGCAAAAAAUGCAUUAGGAGCAAUCCAUCAUACCAUUUCUGUCACAGUUAAAGCGGCUCCAUACUGGAUCAUGGCACCUCAAAAUCUUGUGCUGUCCCCGGGAGAGGAUGGGGCCCUAAUCUGCAGAGCUAACGGCAACCCCAAACCCAGAAUUAGCUGGUUAUCAAAUGGAGUUCCAAUAGAAAUUGCCCCUGAUGACCCCAGCAGAAAAAUAGAUGGCGACACCAUCAUUUUUUCAAAUGUUCAAGAAAGAUCCAGUGCCGUCUACCAGUGCAAUGCCUCUAACGAAUAUGGAUAUUUACUGGCAAAUGCAUUUGUAAAUGUGCUGGCUGAGCCACCACGAAUCCUUACACCUGCAAACACACUCUAUCAGGUCAUUGCAGACAGGCCUGCUCUACUAGACUGUGUCUUCUUUGGGUCUCCUCUACCCACAAUUGAGUGGUUCAAAGGAGCUGAAGGUGGUGCUCUUAGUGAAGAUAUUUAUGUUUUUCAUGAAAAUGGAACUUUGGGAAUUCCUGUGGCCCAAAAGGAGAGUACAGGGACUUAUACAUGUGUUGCAAGGAAUAAGUUAGGAAUGGCAAAUAAUGAAGUUAACUUAGAAAUCAAAGAUCCCACUAGGAUCAUUAAACAGCCUGAAUAUGCUGUUGUGCAGAGGGGGAGCACAGUGUCGUUUGAAUGCAAAGUGAAACACGACCACACCUUACUCGCCACUGUCACGUGGCUGAAGGAUGACCGUGAGCUGCCCAGUGACGGAAGAUUCACUGUUGACAAGGAUCAUUUGGUGGUAGCUGAUGUGGGUGACGAUGAUGGCGGGACCUACACCUGUGUGGCCAACACCACGCUGGACACCGUGUCUGCCAGUGCUGUGCUUGGCGUUGUGGCUCCUACUCCAACUCCAGCUCCCACUUACGAUGUCCCAAGUCCUCCCUUUGAUUUAGAAUUGACAGAUCAACUCGACAAAAGUGUUCAGCUGUCAUGGACCCCAGGCGAUGACAACAAUAGCCCUAUUACAAAAUUCAUCAUUGAGUAUGAAGAUGCAAUGCAUGAGGCAGGGCUGUGGCACCACCAAACUGAGGUUCCUGGGACCCAGACCACAGCCCAGCUGCAGCUGUCGCCUUAUGUGAGCUACUCCUUCCGAGUGAGGGCAGAGAACAAGGUCGGGAAGAGCUUGCCCAGCCAGCCAUCUGAACAGUAUUUGACUAAAGCUGCAGAACCGGAUAAAAACCCCACGACUGUGGAAGGACUGGGAUCGGAGCCGGAUAAUUUGGUGAUUACGUGGAAGAUUUACUACUGGAAGACACAGAGUUCAUCGAAAAGAAACAGACGCCAUAUUGAGAAAAAGAUCCUCACUUUCCAGGGCAGCAAGACCCACGGCAUGUUGCCCGGGCUGGAGCCCUUCAGCCACUACACGCUGAACGUCCGCGUGGUCAAUGGGAAAGGGGAGGGCCCAGCCAGCCCCGACAGAGGCUUUCACACUCCAGAAGGAGUUAACAGCACCCAUGAAUUAGGCCCUCUGAUAGAUUUGAAAAUUCCUGCCAACAAGACACGAUGGACUUUAAAAAAUUUGAAUUUCAGCACUCGGUAUAAGUUUUAUUUCUAUGCACAAACAUCAGCAGGAUCAGGAAGUCAAAUAACAGAAGAAGCAGUAACAACUGUGGAUGAAGCAAUGGCGAGCCGACAGGUGGACAUCGCAACUCAGGGCUGGUUCAUUGGCCUCAUGUGUGCUGUUGCCCUCCUUAUCUUAAUCUUGCUGAUCGUUUGCUUCAUCAGAAGGAACAAGGGUGGUAAAUACCCAGUUAAAGAAAAGGAAGAUGCCCAUGCUGAUCCCGAAAUCCAGCCCAUGAAGGAAGACGACGGCACUUUUGGAGAAUACAGUGAUGCCGAAGACCACAAGCCUUUGAAAAAAGGCAGCCGAACACCUUCAGAUAGGACUGUGAAAAAAGAAGAUAGUGAUGACAGCCUCGUUGACUAUGGAGAGGGGGUGAAUGGCCAGUUCAACGAGGACGGUUCCUUUAUUGGACAGUACAGUGGUAAGAAGGAGAAAGAACCAGCCGAAGGCAACGAAAGCUCAGAGGCACCUUCUCCCGUCAACGCCAUGAAUUCCUUUGUCUAGUUUGUAAGCUCUCUGCCAAUACCCCAUUCCUCCAGGAUGUUUCUCUUCAGCCCUUGUUGGUCAGCCUUCUCAUACUGUGAACAUAGAGGCAGACAGCGACUGUUCUGCUGUAUGUUGAUAUUAUGAGAACAGUUAGACCAAGAACACAGCUCAGUCAAAUGAUAUGUGAAUGUGAACCGCAGUGCAAAGUGCAUACCUUUUCAUUCAAAAUAGGUAUUCUUGAUUUCCUCAGAACUUCUAAAAACAGUACAGCAUCAUCAACAGAUGUUAUUUCAUCUUCAGGAUACAGUUGCAUGACAAAUGCUACACACAGUUAAAGGACAUACCUGUGUAUGUUAUUAAAACAUGGUUUGAUACUUUGUUUAUCCUCGCCUCAGCUGAACCCCUAAAUAUGAAUUCCGUUUCCAUUGUCGAGAGUGUUACUAUAGUAUUCCCUAGAACUUCAAUGUCUUUGUGGACAUUGUCGUGGAAUUGGUGACUCUAUGUCUAGCUGUUAGUCUUUUGGGAGACAGUUAGGAACAGUAUGUACAGUAUAUACUUGCUAAACGAGUUAAUCGUGACAGUUGCAUUUGCUGAUGCUUACUGAGACUCUGUUACCUGCUCUUUGCUUCUCUUACUUCGUAGCCUUCUCACUAUCCCAGGUAUUCCAGCAAGACAGUGUUCCACUUUUCCCAUCAUCUCUAUGUUCAGAUGUUUUUAGGCAUAAACAAUGUGUAUUGCAAUGCACUUCGGCAUUUGUGCCAUCCUGAAAGAAUCAAAAAACAAAUCACUCCAAUGAAAUUUCAAAACUUCCUCCAGAAAGCACAGGGCAAGAUACAUGCAGUGCCUUCAGACCGGAAGCAUUCCAUAACAUACUGCCUUCUGUAUCGCUGGUACAGUCUACUCAGAGUGCUAGAUUACUGUCAUUGUCUAAAUGUAACUUUUAAAAAGCAGAGGUAAUGAAAACUGCAAUGCUGGAAAAAAAGAAAUGUGAAAAUAAAACAAAUAAGACAGCUUAUUUUAAGGAGCAUUGUCCCCAUGUGUGUGUAUAUA